AUGUCGUGUGCAAAGUGCCAAAACCCUCUGGUUCUCGAGGUCGACUACUCGGACGAUGAGGAUGUGUCCAUGGGCGCUGGCUCGUCCAGCGCAGCAGCAGCUCAGAACACUCACACUGUCCCUGAUGAUGUAGCUCUCAACUGUGGCUGCCACUUCCACUGGUAUGUACAAAUUUUCUGUAUGCAGCUAUAUAGUUUAUCUAAUCAUGUUUGUAAAUGUAUAGGNCAAUGUUUGAUCGACGAAUACCAAGUCACCGAAUGCCCUUCAUGCCACCAAAACCUGCUUACGCCCGGCCCCAAUGGAAGCCAACAGCUUCUUUGCACCUUGCACAACGAAGGUGGUGUGCAAGAGAACCUCGACAUUCUACCUAUCCUGACCGAGGAAGCCUACCUACACGCAUACCCCGAGGACAGAAUCAGCCGCGCUUUCCUUGAGCUUUGCCGUGAGGGCGACGUAUCUGCAGUCGUCGACUUGCUGAAGAGCUGCAACGAACCUGACUCAGACGAUGAAGAGAUGGACGAUGAGCCUGCCAUACCCAAGAAAUCUAUGGAUGAGAUACUGCGUUACCAAGAUCCCAUUGGCGACAUGCAGUCUGGUCUUCACGCAGCAGUCGCUGGAAACAGCCGUGAAGUUGCUUGGUUAUUGCUGUUGCUCGCGUCCCAACUGCCUGAGAUGGAGUUCCCUGCUCUGGUCUACCAACAAGCAGCCUCACUGGGCAUCAUGAGAGAGGACCAAACAGGCAAGGUCGACAUCAGAAGUCUCAGGGAUGGUCAGGGAAGAAGUGCAGAACAUUUGGCUGUAGAACUUGGUGGAGUUUGGCACGGUUGGCCUGGUAGUGGUCGCUUGACGGUUUAA